AUGCUGCGCAGAAUGCCCACCCGUCUGGAGCUGAAGUUGGAUGACACGGAGGAGUUUGAGAGUGUCAAGAAAGAGCUUGAGAGUCGGAAGAAACAGCGAGAUGAGGUGGAUGUUGGCGUGGUGAUGUCGAGUGACAUGGUGGGAGCCGGUAGUGGAACAGGGGAUGGGAAGACAUGGGAACAGAUGAUCAAUGAGAGAAUAGGCUACAAGCCCCAUCCUAAACCCAACACCUUGCCAUCGCUCUUUGGAAACCUGCAAUUUUGGGUUCCUAAUGGACACAUUACAGACAGCUAA